AUGGCCAAAGAAGAAAAAACCAAUGAAAAACAACAAAAAACAAAUAAUAGUGACAAUACAUCUUUCACCUCUCCACCCAAAGAUAAAGAUGAACCAUCACUCAAUUUAAGUUCUCAAUUCGAAGUUAGCAUUUCUAUGCUUAAUACUGACUUUAUCUUUGAUGACUCUUCACCAAUACCAAAUAAAUUAUUAGAGCUGAUUUCACCUGAACCAAUUGUUUUUAGCAUCAGAGAAUUGGAUUCUCCAACUAAAGAUAACAUACUAAAUGAACUACUUUAUCAACCAGAACAAUCAAUUUAUGUUCCUCCUCCUCCCCUCCACCCCCUCCACCACAAUUAA